CCGGUAAAGUUGGUUACGAUUUGCCGAGUGCUGCGCGUUCCACAAUUUGCUCAUUAUUUUUAAAGAUUUAAAACGCAAAUAAUGAAUAAAGUAGUGACGACAUUUCUACGAAGAGCGCCCCUCGGUCAGUGGUCACACAAUGUCCGAGGAUUUCACCUUCUCAGUAGGCUAUGCAGCUACCGAAGUGAUCUAGCGCUGGACACAAUCUAUCCGAACAGCAAUCUUCGUCUGUACACACCGCCAGCACCGCCGGUAGGAAAUGGUACUUUCAAUGGUUACGUACCCCUAGACAAGAUCAACAUAAGCUACAGCCGCAGCAGCGGUCCCGGUGGACAAAACGUAAACACAGUGAGCACAAAGGUUGAUGUACGGUUUCACCUAGAAACGGCCACUUGGCUCUCGGAAAACACUCGGAAACGUCUUGCACAAUUGGUAGGUCGACGUAUUACGAAGGAUGGCUUUCUGGUGAUCAGAAGCGAGUUAACACGCUCGCAGCAUGUCAAUACAGCCGAUGCACUGGAAAAGUUGCGUAACUUCAUUCGCCAAGCGGAGCAACCCAUUUCAACGGAGCCAUCGGUUGAAACAGUGGAAAUGCUGCGUCGGAGACAUGAGAAAGCAACGCGAGAGCGACUGGCGAUCAAACGGAAGCGAUCGGACACAAAAGCUCAGCGACAGACUCCACUUUUGUAGGAAGUCCGGAUCACUAGGAAUAUAGUUCGUUGGUCGUGAACGAUGGUCAAUAAUAAAAUAGGACGUAGCAAUAAUUUUCGGAUUUUUCACAAUCGAAAUGCGAUGUGAAGCGAACCAUGUAAACAGUUGA